GCUGAUACAGAAUUGGAUUGAUCAGCAAAUGAUGGCAGGGUGAGUGAAUGAAUGAGAAAGUGGAAGGGGGGUGGGUGGAGGAGGAGUCUCCCCCCUCCUUAAUUCACCCACCUGCCAAGGAUAUAAGCCCUGGCUUGCGAGAGCCACUAACAGAGGCAUCAGCAGCAGGAGACAACUUGAAGAUCCCAGAAAGCUGGCUGGCUGAGUCCCACAGCAUCCUUUCACAUCCAGCUCUGUCUCUGCAUCCUUCUACCUCUUUUCCAUGAUGGUAGUCUCUAUGAAGCCCUGGCCUCUCCUGGUUGCUGUGAUCCUGUGUGUCUUGUUCUGCCUGGGAACCUUAGUGGAUGCCUAUCCUCCCAAGCCAGAGAGUCCUGGAGAAGAUGCUUCUCCUGAAGAAAUGGCCAAAUACUUCUCGGCUCUUCGGCAUUAUAUUAACCUGGUGACAAGGCAGAGGUAUGGCAAGAGAUCCAACCCAGAGUCCUUGAUGUCAGAACUUAUUUUUGGAGAUAGCAGCAGCAGCAACACUGACCACAAUGGCAGAUCACGGUACGAUGAUUCCUACAUGUGGUGACAACCUUUCCGCUCAAAGGCCGAAGAUCCAUCGGCUGCCUCUUUUUACACAUUCCAAUCCUGUUGUGUUGUUUUGCAUUUUUUAAAAAACAAUCUGAAACCUUUUGUGAAAGAGGGUCUGUCCUCUCCCCACCUCAAUUUUCUCUCUCAGAUACUGAUGUCCGAGAAAGAUUUCCUUUUGGUUUUUCUUCUUCCUUGUCUUAUAGCAGCAUAUCAAUGAAAUCAUGUUCCUUUCUUCCCACAAGCCAGUGGGGGGGGGGCGCUGCAAACAAUCUUUGCGCCAGGGGUUGGGACUAAGUGGGGUGUCGUUAUUGUUGGUGGUGACCUAGAUUGUGCUUCUAGUGACAUCUAUAUUGACUCGCUGGUGCAAGAUCCCACAUAAGUCCACUCUGGGGAGAUCUUUGUUUUAUACAUUGUGUGUAUGUGUGUCUCAGUAUGAGGGUGUGUGUGCGUAUGAAUGUAUGUAUGUAAAUGUAUGUAUUUUUGAUGGAUUCUCUCUAUGUCCACAAUAAAACAGCAAGUUU